AUGCUGGGACUCACAGCGCACAGUCCCGGGGCCGGCCCGGGCGGAGAGCCUCAUUCACUAACCCUGAGAGGGACCGACUGCGCCUCCUUCUCAGCGCCUCCCCGCACCAUUCCCUCUCUGCCGCUGCCUGCUUCUGCAGGUGCUGAUCCGCUGGCCUCCCGAGUCAGGCCCUAUGCAGUCGCCUGCCUUCCCUCUUCCACAGGCACCCCACCUGCAUCAGGACGCGGCGCUUUGAUUCGGACUUCGUUCACUUUCCCACCACCGGAAAGCUGCCGUGAGGCACUUCCGGCUUCCGGGGCGUACUCUGCCGCAAAGCGGAAGUGUGACACUCAGCGGGUACCGGCGCCCGGAAGGUCAGCGUGUGCAGGAGGCGGUGGUAACGCGGGGUCCCCCGCUGGUACGGAGAAGCAACGGCCAAAUCCACAACCUCGGCCUGAGGCAGCGGCGGGAAGCAGACGGUUUGCUACGACAUUAUGGAAGGCGGUGGGGGCAGUGGCAACAAAACUACAGGAGGUUUGGCGGGGUUUUUUGGAGCUGGCGGAGCAGGUUACUCGCACGCGGAUUUGGCUGGCGUCCCACGACACAGACGAGUUUAUUUUACCGACUGGAGCUAAUAAAACCCGGGGCAGAUUUGAACUGGCCUUCUUUACCAUUGGAGGAUGUUGCAUGACAGGGGCUGCAUUUGGGGCAGUGAAUGGUCUUCGGCUAGGAUUGAAGGAAACUCAGAACAUGGCCUGGUCAAAACCAAGAAAUGUACAGAUUUUGAAUAUGGUGACGAGGCAAGGGGCACUUUGGGCUAAUACUCUAGGUUCUCUGGCUUUGCUGUAUAGUGCAUUUGGUGUUAUAAUCGAGAAAACACGAGGUGCAGAAGAUGACCUCAACACGGUAGCAGCCGGAACCAUGACAGGCAUGUUAUAUAAAUGUACAGGUGGUCUCCGAGGGGUAGCACGAGGUGGUCUGGCAGGACUAACACUUACCAGUCUUUAUGCACUAUAUAAUAACUGGGAGCAUAUGAAAGGCUCCUUCCUCCAACAGUCACUCUGAAGAUUUUGCCAGCUCAUGGAGGACACUUCAGUAGUCAUCCAGAUCAAUUUAUAAGUCAGUCUGGAGUUAUACUCUCUUCUACCUACAAUUAGUUUGAAAAAUUGGAGAUUCUGGUUUGCUGUGAUGAAGAUCAUGGAUGGUUGACCAGGACUGGCAAUCCUUCCAGCCAGUGGGUUGAAGCCAAAAUCCCUUCAGCGGCUCAUGGUUCUAGUCUCUGCAGAAGGUCUUAUACUUAACUGUUCUCUCCCCCCCCUCCCCCCCCAACUGGAAAACCACUUACUCCCAGAAUCAGGUCCUGCUUGUCAAUACCACCUCAGCAAGUCUGUUCAUUUAAUGAUCAGAAACUGUAAUGUUGCACUAUAUUCUGAAUAAAGGGUAAACAAAGAAUGAAAGUUUAACUCCAAA